GUGCCGUCGCGCAUGGCACAAGCAAAGCGACUGCUAGCUGACGUGCCGCCACUGCGUAAACGACCUCUGUGUGUUCUAUGUGGUCGAAGUAAAUCGCGAGCGAACCGCAAAAAUCCUACUUGUUUUAAUCGAAUCAAUCAUCUGUACGAGGAAUGGCAGCUCACUGGAUCCGCACAGCAAUCUCUCCGAAGCUCGCUGGCGCACGGCUCUACAGCAGUAGCAAGGUACACAAAUGCACCCUUAUUCCUGGAGAUGGCAUUGGUCCUGAGAUCUCGGCUGCCGUUCAGAAAAUUUUCAAUGCUGCUAAGGUGCCAAUAGAAUGGGAAUCAGUUGACGUAACACCAGUGAAGGGUCCAGAUGGUAAAUUUGGUAUACCACAAGCAGCCAUUGACUCUGUCAAUAGAAAUAAAAUUGGUUUGAAGGGACCUCUGAUGACUCCAAUAGGAAAAGGUCACAGAUCUCUCAAUCUUGCACUUAGAAAAGAAUUCAACUUGUAUGCUAAUGUACGGCCGUGUCGGUCUUUAGAAGGAUAUAAGACGUUGUACGACAAUGUCGACGUUGUCACUAUCAGAGAGAAUACAGAGGGCGAAUAUUCUGGUAUAGAACAUGAGAUUGUAGAAGGUGUUGUACAGUCUAUUAAAUUAAUCACAGAGGAAGCCUCUAGUAGGGUAGCAGAAUUUGCUUUUCAAUAUGCCACAGACAAUAAUAGGAAAAAGGUUACUGCUGUACAUAAAGCGAAUAUUAUGAGGAUGUCGGAUGGCUUGUUCUUGAGAUGUUGUAGGGAAGCCGCACAGAAGUUCCCUUCUAUUAAGUUUGAAGAGAAGUAUCUAGAUACGGUUUGUUUGAACAUGGUGCAGGAUCCAAGUCAAUAUGACGUUCUCGUCAUGCCUAACUUAUACGGUGAUAUAUUGUCCGAUAUGUGCGCUGGCCUCGUCGGAGGUCUCGGUCUCACACCGAGUGGCAACAUUGGUCUGAACGGAGCUUUGUUCGAAUCGGUGCACGGUACAGCUCCGGACAUUGCCGGUCAGGAUAAAGCGAAUCCGACGGCACUGCUGCUCUCCGCUGUGAUGAUGUUGAAGCACAUGGGUCUAAAUAGCCAUGCGAAGAUCAUCGAAUACGCCGCUUACGACACUAUCAAAGAAGCGAAGUAUCUGACAGGGGAUCUAGGUGGUAGCGCAAAGUGCAGCGAGUAUACCGACGAGAUUUGCAAGAAGGUCUCCGCGCAAACCCAAUAAGGAGCGGAUACGAUCGUUGGUCUAGACUUGAACUGCCAAAUACUCGUAGAAUUCGCGCGCCUGCAUUUUAACGGGUCGCUAUUUUCUACCACGUGUCAUGUAAUUAUGCACAGUCUCUCACGCGUACGUCUUCAGUAUAAAUCCGCAAUCGAAUUUUACGCGGUUCGCGUGUUUUUUGAGUAUUUUCCAAUUCGUCCGCACGUAGCAGGUUUUUCUCUAAAUAUAUUCUCUCGUGAUUUAGUUAGUUACAUUAUUCAUUUUAAUGCUCUGACUGUAACGAAUUUGCCAAAUAUAGAACGGCAUUUACUUUCGUUCUACUUGCACACGCAUCGUUUCUCUCGAUUACAUCGUUUGACACAUGUUACAUACAACAUUCUUCCGUCGUUAUUAAGGCUGCGGCACACUAUACUUUUUUUUUUUACGCUAGAUCGCACUACUUGGGUAGUUGAGCAGUUGUGUCGAGUUGAAAAUCGAAGAAUUGCUAAAUUGUAGUGCUCGCAUGUAAUUUAGCGAUGAAGAAAACCAUCAUGUGUGUGCUGCAGACUUAUAUUUAAUCCUACCAUUUCUGUGAACGAACUCUAGUAGACAUUGUAAAGAUUAGUCGUGUAAAUUAAAUAGUAAAGUUAUAUGUAUCAUAAUUUUAAAUAAUGAAAUUGUUAUUGCGAGAUGCGUAUGUUCGCUAGCAACUUAGUUUGAGAAAUGACAAAAUCUCACGCAGUAUUACAAAUAAAUAAAAAGUUUACGAAACCCCGACA